AUUCCACAGUGAACCUGCGAGCGAGCUGCCUUUAGUCGUCUUGCGUCGGCCCGGCGGCGCGGACUGUACAAACGACGGUUCUUGACUGCUCGAAUUUGGAAUAGAACGUCGCGAGUGCACGUAAUCUGUGUUUUUAUUUUUUUUAAUAAUUAUCCUAUCUGACUCUACUUAUUUUGUGAUCUGUGCCAGGAUUUUUAAGGAUCCAAAGAGGAAAUCAGCAUCAAAACGCAUAAGAGAUAUACGUUUUCCAACAAUUUUUUCGUUGCCGUCUCGCAUGCUCGCAGGACGUAAGGCGCUGGCAACGGAGCGGGUGUAAGCCCCUAACACCAAAGAUGAGAGCGUUGCCGCUAUGCUUAACACUGGUGUCGCUGAUUGCUGCCACAUUCGCUGCCACCGAAGAAUCUAAAAAAGCAAGCAGUACAGGCAGCAAACCAGAUGACGAAGAGCCUAAAGAAGCCUGGAUGCGAGCACCGGCAGGCGGAGUAGCGGUCAAGAGCGGUGAAGACGCCUUGCUCACCUGUGUAGUGCUGGGAGCCAGGAACAAACCGGUGCUGUGGAAGCGAGCCAGAGACUUGAAGGUGUUGACUGCUGGUGGUGUUAGAGUCACUAGAGAUGAGAGGGUACAGGUGCUACAUGAUGAUUCAGACGAACCCCUCCAAGGGCCGGGAAUCAAGAAGGGUGGCGACGUGUGGGCUCUGGUGAUCAAGUCAGUCAAGCCUUCUGAUGGCGGGCUCUACAUGUGCGAACUUAACACUGAACCCCCUGUCCGGAGCUUCCACAAACUUACAGUAAUAUCCCGAGGACUGACACCACCAGACAGCCAAAACGCAACGGACAGUUACUCUGCCAACGCCCCAACAUUGUCCUCAACGGCACUCGCCCAUAACUACACGGACUGCUGCGUGUCCUCAAACGUAACGAGAGGCUGUUUGGGCUACUGCAGCAUACAGACUAUACUGGACGGACCUGGACAGGACCCAGAAGCUUGUCAGACUGACUUCCCAGCAAUUGUUAGGUGUAUGGCGGAUGGUCGCAACCACGUCCCAUGCUGCAUCCAAGAGCACAUACCCGACAUCUGCCAGGAUGUCUGCAGAGGAGAAUAUUCACCUGUAACAGACAACAUCAAAACACAUUACUCAUGCGCAGCGUCGAUGGAGAAAACUUUAGCUUGCAUUGUUGAAGGCAUUGAACUCCUUCCAAGUCCACCAGAAGACGUCGAAGUGGAACCACUCAACGAAAAGCAGCUAAACGUAACAUGGAACCCACCAACAGAGAACACAGAAUCAGUCACACAAUACGUAGUAAACGUGACAGCAUUACGAUCUUUUGAUGCCCACUUGAUAGAUCCCUCAGAGAGUUCCAUGAGGAAUGAUACGACAAAGAUGAGCCAACCUAUCACAUUCAGAGUUCCCGCAAACAAAACGUACUUGGUCCUCAACGAUUUGCUCCCAUUCACAAUGUAUGAGGUCACAGUGACUUCAUACAAUAUUCACGGUUCCAGUUUACCGAGCUACGCGAUCAGGUCGUUGACCUUAACACCUGGGAAGAUGAGGAGUACAGAAGUGGCGGCGGCUCCGCAACUGCCCGACGUGAGAGGAUGCUGCGUCGCCGGUGGAGUCAACCACUACGGCUGUGUGUCCAAGCUCUGCGAUCCUACCAAGACCUCCGAGAUUGUCUUACAGGUCACAGACCUGAUGAUUUGCGCGCCCUGGGCCGGGGUGACCUUUGGUUGUCUUGCAAAUGGUCUGGACCAUACUCCGUGCUGCCAAUCAAGGGGACUCCCAGAUUCCUGCUUGCCGUUGUGCAGUGGAAACAUCACGACUUUGGACUUCAACCAUUUCAAAUGCCUCCGCUACAUGACUGCAUACACCAACUGUCUGCUACAAGGCUACGGGGUUCUCCCAGGCCCUCCCUCAAGGUUGCACCUCACUAACAUCGAUACAGACUACGCUGUGGUACACUGGGCACCCCCAGCAGCCCUUGCAGAUACUGUCCAGUAUUACAAUUUGCACUUCAAGUCCUUGUCGUCUGAAGAGGACUAUCGUACCCUGGAUAAGUUACAAUCUCCAUACAUCCUGGAAGAUCUAGAAUCAAACACAGACUACGAGAUCUACGUGGAAGCUGUCAACGAGCAUGGAGUUGGUGAAGCCUCACCUAGACUUAUAUUUAGAACACAGAGUCAGAUAAUAGAAGAAGAGGAAGAGAACGCAAACGCGUACAACAUAACGGCGUGCUGUGAGCGAGUGCAGCUAUCGAGCGUGUGUCUACCGCUAUGCUCCUAUGACGCCAAGAUGACUGAUCUGAGGAAGCUGGCGCCUCUGUGUGAACAGGAGUUCAAUAAGCUGGUCCGAUGUGGAGCAGGAGGUCGUAACCACGAGACAUGCUGCGCGCGUCGCGGUGUCCCUGCAGCCUGCCGUGGUGCAUGCGGCGGCGCGUACAGCGGCCUCUUCUACACUUGCAUCGCCUACGUCGGCAACAUCGUGCAGUGCUUUGAAGAAGGAACUGGUCAACUCCCCGGUCCGCCACGUGAGGUCCAUGCAGUGGUAAACCAAGACAAGCUGUUCCUGGACUGGACAGCGCCCACCGAUGGCGCCAACGCUACGUCAUACACCGUGCAUUGGCAGAAGAUCGGCAACAAUACGCUGCCGUACUACUACAACAAUCUUCAACUAGACAAUCAAAUGACCGUUACUGAAACGAUGGCUCGCAUCGAGGGCUUGGAAGUCAACAGCACCUACCACCUGUUUGUGGUGGCAGCCAACGAGCACGGCACCUCCCUGCCCUCUAGCAUGCUACUGCUCAACAUUACUGAGGACAAAGAACAUAAAGAAGUGUCCGGUAUACCAUCGCCGCCUCAUUCGUUAUCGGUGUCCUCGCACUCCGCCACGUGGCUUGCGCUCAGCUGGCAGCCGCCACAGUUCUCGCUUCCUGAUGAGAAAAUCUCAUACACGUUAUACUACAAGAUGCCAAGCCAAACCGGUCAGGGUAAUGUGACGACGAUCAACACCACAGUACCAGGACAUACGCUGGAGAAACUAACGCCGAAUACGCAAUACGUAGCGUGGGUCAAGGCUCAUACUGAUGCUGGGGACUCCUUACCUUCGGAGACGCUGCUGGCUUGGACUGAUCCUGCUUAUCCUGCUUUUGUAGAGCCACCCACCAUCAAUCCAGUAAACCUGGUGGUAGAAGGAUCCAGUAUGACCAUCUUAUGUAUUGCGAUGGGAACUCCGACGCCUACGAUUUCUCUAUAUAUUUCUGGUCGGCUGGUACGCCAGGAGGUCACGCGGCACAUGGUGACAGUGGUCCACAACGUCACGCGGGACAUGGACCUCGUCUCCUGCUACGCGGACAACGGGUAUGGUACACCCAUGCAGGCGACUAGGAAGAUUAACAUAUCACACAUACCAACAAUCCAAGCAUCUGGGAUAACAAUGGCAGCUGCUGGUGACUCCGUAAUCCUCGAGUGCAGAGUGGAGGCCCUGCCCAAGCCCACCGUGGCGUUCUGGAGAGACCCGAACGGAAGAAUAUCAGUUAUAGACGGACCUAACUAUACUAUACAGCUCGUUGCUGAUCCAGAGGAACCAACAAAAUACACAAUGCGGCUGAUCAUCAAGAAGAUCUCGGAGGCGGACGAGGGCGACUACUUCUGCCACGCAGAAAACGCUUUCGGCAAAACUCUACGACCGGUCUCCGUGCGCCUGCGCAACAACGCGCCUCACCACAACGUCACCGAGUGCUGCAAACAGAUGAACGUAUCGUCCACGUGUAUCGACGCGUGCAGCUUCCACCUCGAUAUGGACAACAUCAUGGACAGGCCUGAGUGCAUGGAUGACUUCGACAAGCUCAUGAAGUGCGCGGCCGACGGAUCAGACCAUCGCAGCUGUUGCGCGUCGUGGGGCGUCCCUCGUAACUGCCUGGAGCUCUGCCGCGGAGGCACCGUCGCCAGGAGUUGCGCUCUCCAGCACGCGAGGCGAGCCCUGGCCUGCUUCAGAGACUCUGGCGCCAAGCUGCCUGGCCCGCCGAGGAGCUUGAAGGCACAUGCUGCCCCUACGCCCAACUCUGUCCUACUAAGUUGGGAACCGCCUCUAAAGAACCCGCAAACGGUAUACCUGUACCGAGUGUUUUGGAGGGCGUAUGGUGCAAAGGUUCCUGAGAAACUGGACACAAGUGAGACCAGCGUGGUGCUCACUGGACUGAAAGACGACGUGCGAUAUGAGUGUGUUGUGAAAGCAGCAAACGAUGUUGGUACAUCAUCGCUCAGCCAGCCCAUCAUGUUCACGACUGCAGGCCAGGAGACUGGAGCGGCGGCCGCGCCGGUGGAAGGCUCCGGCACUGCGUCAGCGGUGGGCGUCGCGAUGGCUUGCAUCCUCGUGGCUGCUAUCCUGCUCGCUGCGGGACUCUAUUAUAGACAUAGGAAGAACUUAAGACUAAAGGCCCAAGGAGGUGUUGCGUUUGAAAAUCCGAGCUACCUCAGGGAACCUAAUCCAGACAACAUUGUCAACGGAACAAUGCCAAAUGGCAACAUUGUCGCGAAUGGAGAGAACGGAAUUGCAAAUGGCGUCUCAAACAGCAACGCGUGGAGACAAGAAACACAGAACCCCGGAACGACAAUCCCCCCAGCGAGAGAAGUCGAUCCUUCUCUGUAUGAGGAACUGAAGCUCGGUCACGAUGGCGCGGGCUUCAAAAGACUGAAGCCAUAGCCCGAGGUUCGCCGCUCACCGCUCCGCUCGCCGCGGCUGUCGUCGCCGCGGGUGGCGCCCAAAUACUGAGCGGCGAAAACCCCGCGCGCGGCUUUUACACCCCUCGUGCCGUCACUGCACUGGUGCUCUCUCGCUCACACUGCAGCUCAGAUAAACUGGUUUUUUAUCACGCGUGGUGUGUGUACGCCACCAGUUCGUGUGAGUCCCAUGUGUUGCCGUGAACUCUCUAAGUACUAAGUAGUGACCACAAAAUUAUUAUUAUAGGAUUUUCAUAUUGCGGGUCAGUCCGGGACAGAAGCAAUAUUACAUCAAUGUAGACAAUGAGACCAAGCCGCGAUAUGAGCGGAGUGUAGAUAAAUACAAAUAUAUUUUCAGUACCAUACUUAAUGUGAUUUAAACCAAAAAAAAAUGUAACGUAACAUUUCAUGUAAAUAUCGAUUUCAUUAUCGAUCGUCGUAACUAUUAAAUCGAUUUUAAUCUUUAUCGCUGUUUCAUGCACUUUUACAAAAAAAAAAUCUUAGCAGUUGCAUUCAAAACUUUGCAAUCGCAUUCUCUGCAAAGGGCAAAGAAAAUUGGUGUGAAAUAGCGAAAAGGGUGAUUUCUGUAAUUUUAUAGUUGUUACUGCGGUCGUUAGUGAAAUAACUUAGUUUAAAAAUAGUGUCAGAGUUUAAAAUCCGUAAUAAUUAGGUCAUUCUAUAAAAAAAUGUGCCUUCGAACAAUUUAUGAAGUAGGUUUAUUAUAGUGUUAGUUACCUUUUGGCCCGUUUUUAUGUAACUAAUGUAAAUAAAAACACACAUUCCAUAAGUACCUAAUUUGAAACUACAAGUUUUUGUAAAAGUAUAAAAUGCAAUUUUAACAAAACGCCGCAUUUGUUAUUAUUUUUGUUUUCAAACAAACUGAUUUUAUUAGAGGUCAGUGUAUUUAUUUAAUCUUAUAAGCAAAAGUCAAUUCUUUGCAAUUAUCUACAUUCUUUGGAAAUACAUUCAUAUUUUUGUUAUUUGACUGGCUGUGGUUUGUUAAAAUUGCAAAACUAGAAAUUAAAAUACUUUGGAAAAAAUAUUGUCAUAAUCACACUAUGUACAAUCACUUGGUCUUGAUGAUCUGAUUGUCAUAUUUUAAUCCUAAUUUGAAUGAUCUCAACAAAAAUUACCUAGGAAAGUAGGUGAAACCAAAGUUAUGACUCUCGUUUUUGUGUUGCUGGAUUUCCGGUCUAUGCUACUCUAUACUUUGCCCAAAUAUAAAGAUAUUAAACUCCAGAUAAGCAAAGCUCAUACAUUCGUAUUUAAAAAAAGUGAAGACAAAAUCGUACGCUUGUGUGUUGACACUCACACAGACACGUCAAGACGAAAUACUAGUACUGCAUAGUAAUUAAUUAUAUUUUAAUGCUAAUUAAUUAAUUAAUAAUAGCCUUACUGCAUAACGUAAAGAUUAUAAACACAGAAACUCGUACUAUCUCGCUCCUAAUUCAGCGCGUACACAACAUGGCGCGUAGGUAACAACCAAUAGUAGACGGACGCGCGCUGAGACGCGAGUGGCUGAGAUAUUUUCGCGCCAUUCAAAAAUAUGAUUUCUGCGCAGGUACAUCGGCUUAUGUAAGUCUUACCAGUCUAUAAAAGUCAAGUUACCACCAACGUACAUACUUACAUAGUGUGAUUAUGAUGAAACAUUGCUCAGCGGAGGAUGUGAUGAUAGUUUUUAUUAGGGACUUCUUUUUCCUAUACUAAUAAAAUAAUUUUAGAUAAAAGACGGAUGUGAUUAGAUUUGUAAAUAAUAUUAAUAAAAAAAUAU